CAGCCCUCGCCUCGAGGAUGGCGGGAUCAGGCUGUCUCCCGGCAGCCUCCGACCCGGAAGUGGCCGGCCGCGCGAGGCCCCCGUUGCCCAGCGCGGGCGCCGGGGGCGGAGCUCGGCACCGACGGGGACCGGGCGUCCGCGGCUGGGGCUCCGCGAGGUGGGGGCCGUCCCGGGCGCAGGCAGGCGGCCGCGAUCUCCGCGGGACACCUUCCGCCGCGGCCCGAGGCGGCGGCGACAUGAGCGCCGCGGGGCUGCUGGCUCCGGCGCCCGCCCCGGCUGCAGCGCCGCCCGCCCCGGAGUACUACCCCGAGGACGACGAGGAGCUGGAGAGCGCCGAGGACGACGAGCGCAGCUGCCGGGGCCGCGAGUCCGACGAAGACACCGAGGACGCGAGCGAGACAGACCUGGCGAAGCACGAUGAGGAAGACUACGUGGAGAUGAAGGAACAGAUGUACCAGGACAAACUGGCGUCUUUGAAGAGGCAACUGCAGCAGCUACAGGAAGGUACCUUGCAGGAAUACCAGAAGAGGAUGAAGAAGCUGGACCAACAGUACAGAGAGAGGAUCCGCAACGCAGAACUCUUCCUCCAGCUGGAAACUGAACAGGUGGAAAGGAACUAUAUUAAAGAGAAGAAGGCAGCGGUAAAGGAGUUUGAAGACAAGAAGGUGGAGUUGAAGGAGAACCUGAUCGCUGAGCUCGAGGAGAAGAAGAAGAUGAUUGAGAACGAGAAGCUCACGAUGGAGCUGACCGGAGAUUCUAUGGAAGUGAAACCCAUCAUGACCAGGAAAUUGCGGAGGCGACCAAAUGAUCCUGUCCCCAUUCCAGACAAGAGGAGAAAACCAGCUCCUGCCCAGCUAAACUAUUUGUUAACGGAUGAGCAGAUCAUGGAGGAUCUGAGAACGUUAAACAAGCUUAAGUCACCCAAGAGACCAGCUUCCCCGUCCUCUCCUGAACACUUGCCUGCUACGCCUGCAGAGUCUCCAGCCCAGAGAUUUGAAGCUCGGAUAGAAGAUGGCAAGCUGUACUAUGAUAAAAGAUGGUACCACAAGAGCCAAGCCAUCUACCUAGAAUCAAAGGACAACCAGAAACUGAGUUGUGUCAUCAGCUCGGUGGGAGCCAAUGAGAUCUGGGUGAGGAAGACCAGCGACAGUACCAAGAUGAGGAUCUACCUGGGCCAGCUGCAGCGUGGGCUCUUUGUGAUCCGCCGGCGAAAAUUCUUAACUUACCGGGACUAGCUACUUGGCCUGGGACAUGGAGAGCACUGUGGAAUCGUCAAGGCACUGACUCACAUGGCCGGCCACUUCCGUGUCUGUACCGUUCUUUCCUGCCUCGGCUCCUUCCAGACUCAGUCAGCAGAGACUUACUUUCAGGAGUGUUGGGGGCCUCAUCCACUUUCCUUUUAAGUCCUUAAUUUUUAUUUUAUUAUUUUUUUGUUUGUUUUUGUUUUUACUUGAUCCUUUUUUUUUUUUUUAAACCCUCCUUUGAGUUCGAAGGGGAGUCCCUUUUAAUAAGUAUCUUGAGGUCUUUCUCCCAAGAAGAGCAGUGUGUUCUCCUGUCUGAAUCUGAUGGGUGGAUUGUGUGCCUGCUCCCCUUGUUAGGCCCAGAAGUGUGGGGCGGCAGAGUUCUCUUUCCUCUGUCUUCUUGGAGAAAUAAACGAUGUGUGACAUCUCACCCGCCUUGCGCUUCUCGGUGGCCGAGCGACGGAGCUCCAGCCCUCACUCCAGGGACUGCAUCCAAUGGAUGGGGCUGGGAGAGGGACCGUCGCCCGUUCCUAACGCUGGAGUUGCCACUCUCUGAAUGUUCUUGAAUGCACAUGAUUUAUUUAGACAGCCUGUCCUUGCUCAGGGUGGAGGAAGUGGUAAUUUCAGAAGUUUCCGUUUGUAAUUCCUCUCUCCAGCUCCCAAUGACCAGAAGGACGAUCGCGUGCCGCACCGUGGUCUGGGUUUUCUCAGCUAGUUUACGUGGCAAGGGUGGGUGUUGCAGUAACCAGUCUGUUGUUGCUGGACCCACCACAGAGCCCCCAACCUCCCCUGGAGCCUGCCCAUGUUGGUGACAGGGAGAGCAGAGCGCUUUCAUGCCGCAGCCACCGAGUCUGUGUGCUUUCUCUUGAGAAGCCACCUGUCACGGCCCCCUGUUCCUCCCCGGCCCUUCUGUUGGAGAAAUGACUCACAGACAGGGCAGGGGAUGCUUUCUGCUCUAGCUGUCAUGUGUGAAGAGGCAGGUCAGAACAACUGUCACCAUCUCUCUGGACUUCCAAUAGGCUGUCCAUAUUUUAGAAUCCCUGCCCCUCUCCCGACAGGAUUUCUGUGUGCAGCCCUGGCUGUCCAGCUACUCACUCUGUAGACCAGGCUGGUCUUGAACUCAGAGAUCUGCCUGCCUCUGUCUCUUUAAUUUUGGGAUUAAAGGCGUGCGCCACCACUGCCUGGCUUUUAGGAAUCUUUACGAGUAAUCUGUUUGCUCUUAGUCCCUUGGACUCCGCUCAAGUUGACUCUCCAUGUAGAUAGCCACAGUGGUUGUGACUUGUUAAGGAAAGACUUGUAUAGACCUAUUGUUUUAAUUUAUAUCCAUUCUCUCAUUGGAAUUUUUAAGAAACCAUGAUAAACGAUGAUGUUUAUUAAUUAAAACUUGCCAAGUGGUC